AUGAUCCGCGUCUGCAAGAUGUCAGGGGAGGAGCUGGUGUCUGCAAGCAUAGAGGAGGUUGGCGACGCAAAGGGCCUCAAGAGCCUGCUUCGGAGUUGGUAUGGUUUCCCUGUGUGUCUUCAGCAGCUCCUACACCAUGGCAACAGUCUGGAUGAUGAUGCCAUGCUGCUGCUACAUGUCCCCAUGGACCUACAGCUAGUCUUGUUGUCCAUGAUUUCGCCUGCACAGCAGUACGAAGCUCACUGCGAGCUGACUGCUGCUUGCGAGGAUGGGACGACCCAAGUUGUGCAGCGACUGUUGGACGCUGGUGCGCAGCCGAAUCUGCAGUAUGCCAUGUUUGCAAAUCCCAGCGGUCUUGGGGAAAUUGAAUCUGGCACUACCCCUCUUAUGGGGGCAGCCGAGAAUGGCCACACGGAGAUCAUAGGCUUACUCUUGGAAGCUGGUGCCGGCAAGGACUUGCAGAAUUGGUCUGGAGACACAGCCCUCAUGUCGGCAGCUGCAGCAGGCCAAGUGGAGUCGGUGCGGCUGCUUCUAAAAGUUGGUGCCAACAAGGAGCUGCAGAACGAACUCGGAAGCACAGCAAUCGCCCUUGCAGCAAGAGACGGCCAGGUGGAGAUUGUUCAGUUGCUAUUGGAAGCUGGUGCAGACAAAGACGUGAAGGAUGUCUGCAAGGACACAGCUCUAAGUGCUGCAGCUCGGUAUGGCCACCAGGAGAUUGUGCACAUGCUGUCAGAUGCCCCAGUCUGCACUGCAUACAGAUAA